GUUAAAAUAUCUACUGAUCCUUUUAUUAUUAUUUAGUGAAUCAAGGUAUUAUAUAGUAUAUAUGUUGUCAUACUUAUAAAUGUCACUAUCGGAAACAGCCCAAUAGAUUGGCAGUCCCGAUUAACCUGAUCACGAUCAAGUAUAAAAGGAGUCUCAAAAAAAAAUAAAAAUAAAAAUUAAUACAACUUUGUUGUUUUAUAAUAUUAAACAAUGCAUAAAUAUAUGAAUAUUUACGAAAAAUAUAUGGGAAUAUUUAGUAAAGGGAAUUAUUAUCCAAUAAAAGAGGUGGAUAAUAAUCAACGUGGGAUUUCCUUCAUAGGAAGCAUUGCACUUUUGGUUUCUGCCAUGACAGGUCCUGGACUCGUAACAAUUCCCUUACUUUUUCAAAUGUCGGGUUGGUUGAUUCCUACCAUAAUGUUCAUCAUUGCUAUGUCACUGAGUGCUAUCUCUUCUUUACUUUUAUGUGAAGCAUUAACGACGAUUCGAGGAAAUGAAUAUUUUCAGCGUAAAAUUGAAUUUACGCAUUUAACAAAUUUUUUGAUCCCACAAAAAAAAACCCGAAUAAUAAUACAAAUAAUUUUAUAUUUAUCUAUAGAAUCAGUCAUAAUUGCUUCAAUUAUAUUAUCAGCUCAAUCAAUGGAUUUGAUGCUAUUGAAGUGGGCUGGUAAAACUUGUGGAUUGGGUUUUCAUCCAAAUUUAGGAUUCUUUUGUAUAAAUGAUGCUAUUGAUGAGAGUAGUCCGUUCGGAUCAAAUUACAUGAUGGCAUCUUUAGGAUUUAUGAUAACGUUGGGAUUUUGUGCUCCUUUGGCAUUUUUGGAUUUAGUUGAUAAUAUAGUCGUACAAAUUUUUUCUUUCGGGACACUCGUUUUUAUUGCGAUCACAUGGAUCGCUACAUUCAUACUCACUGGACUGCAUAAAGAAUAUGUUCCGUUGGCCGGUAGCAAUCAAAGUCAGGUCGUUGGUACCGUGUUAUUUAAUUACGCAUUUGUAACUACCGUUCCAAGUUGGGUCAACGAUUUGCGACCAGAUGUUUCUAUCAGAAAAGCUACAUGGUAUUCAGUUAUGAUAACUACUUCAGCAUAUAUAUUAUUAGGAAUAUUAGGAGGAAUGACAUAUAAAAUGGAUUUAGCAUCAAAUAUUAUAGCAGAAAUUGAUAAUUCAUCUCAUCGAAAUAUUUUGACGGAUAUCGCAACAUUUUUAUUCCCACUUGCUGGUUUAUUAACUAGUAUACCAGUUUAUUCUAUUGUUGUACGUUAUAAUUUAGAAAGAUCAGGUCUUUGUAAAAGGGGAAUGGCAAUUUUAUUAUCAACAUUUUUACCAUGGAUAAUAGUUUUACCAUUUCAAUCAGGAUUUUGGUUAAAUAUAUUUACAAAUUGGACUAGUUUAUUAUUUACUAGCGCGAGUAAUUUUAUCAUACCAUUUUAUUUAUAUAAUUUAAGUCAAAAACGAAAAAAUCAAAUUUCUUCUAUAGAAAUAAUUGAACAAAGAGAAAAAGAUUUAGAAACAACUACAUUAAUAGUUACAUCAUCAGCAACGGCAACUCCACCACCAUCAGUACCACCAUCAUCACCUUUGCUUAACGCCGAUAAAAAAGAAUUACCUAAUAUAGAUAUUAAUAAUAUAAUCGAAAAAGCAACAAAUAUAAUUAGUGGUACAAGUUCUUCAACUGGUGGUGAUAAUUUACUUCAUCCUAAUAGAACUUUACAUCAUCGUUAUAAUCGUAGUAGUGAAAAUAUUAAUGAUAAUUUAAUAAUUACAACGUCAACGACACCAACGACACCAACUACACCAAUAUCACCAAUAUCACCAAUAUCACCAAUGUUACCAACAUCACCACUACCAAUAUCACCAACAACAUCAUCGUCAUCAACAAUUAAACCUGAACCUUUUACCGCUUUUCCUACUGACAGAAAGUGUAGAAUGAUGGUUUCUAAGAUUGCUGGAAUUAUCGCCAUAAUUUUAGUUGGUGGAAUUAUUAUUUAUGAUCUUAUUAAAUUAGCACUUGGUAGUAAUGAGUUUGAUUUAUCUGAUAAUAAUUAGAAAUUUUUUUUUGGCGUGAAAAAGUAUGUAUGUGUCAUAAAAGAGAAAAAGGUGAGUAGAAAAAUAAAAAGAUAAUAAUUAUAGAUGUAAAAAUAAUUUUCUUUCUUUUUUUUUAUUCUUAAUUUAAUUGAUCUAAUUAUUUUAAUCGUUUGUUUUUUUAUUACAAAAAAAAAAAAAAUUAAAAUUAAAAAUUAAAAUAAAAAUAUAUGAACAAAAAAAAAGAAAUUUGAAUUAAUUAUUUUUUUUUAUGAUUGAAAUGAAUAUAUGGGGAGAGGGAGGGAGAAAGAAUUAAAAUAUUAAAAAGAAAAUUUUAAAUUUUUAAAAGACAUCUCCGAUUUUUAUACCAAAUUAUUAUUUGCAUUAUUUGCAUUAUUACUUAGUUUAAAAAAAUUUUUUUUCACUUGAAUUAAAUGCAUAUAAGUGGACAAAUGACG